ACUUUUGGGAUUGGCUACUUGGGCCCAUCAGAAAUGUGGACACUUGGGAGAGAAAGCCACUCACAGGCGAAGCUCAUUGGUCCGGCUGUUAUUGUGAUGGCCGUGCUUACUCUACACCCUUUGGUCGGCUCAGAUACCAACAAUGAAAUUGGAGGUUGGGACCAGAGUGAUUCCGCAGAGAUGAGAUGGAAAGAGAUCGAAAUAAGAAUAACCUGCCUGACCAUUAACUGUACAAACAUGAGAGCAAACCUCUAUGGAGAAGGCUAUUUUAGCCACAAUGAAACUGAGUCAAUGACCUAUAUUAAGUUACCAAAUGAAUCAUUUGAUUUGUUAAUGUUAGAAUCUACAACGCCCUUUGGCUACCGCAUACUGUAUACACCUAUAAGCUCUAAUAUUUAUUUAGAAGAGCUUACCCAAUAUUGGGAAAGUUAUGCAAAUCAGCAGAGCACAAAGAGAACCUACACUAUUAUACACUGGUUAGCUAAUGCUACAAAAUACUCCUGGAUAGGAGGGCUUGGGUUGAAAAUAAUAAAAGGUAUUGCAUGGUGUGUUUUUAUUAUACUUUGUAUUUAUCUGUGCUACAAAAUUACAGUUUUCUGCAUUCAAAGCUUUGCUAGCUUAAAAAAUAAGUCAUAGUGUAGCGCUAGAAGAGUUUAAUUAGGCUUGA